CGUAAUAAAGUAAAAAGUUUACGUCAUUUGUCUUGUAUCGUUUCGUUGUCAUCGAACUACGCCAAAUCUGUACAGUCCAUAUUUCUUCUUAGUUUUAUAUCGUUUCGUUAUUUCAUUGCGCAUAUUAUCAUGAUAAGGCCUGAGGAUCGACACGUUUGUUCUACAGCGAUUAAUUUUUGUUUCCGUACACGAAUAUGAAAACAGCAUCACUUAGCAUUCCAACAGAAGAGAAUGAAGCUGUAACAGCAACAUGUCCUGGUGUAACACAGCAUUUGGAAACAACUGGCAAACAUGAAUUGGAUGUUUUAGGUUUUGACUUUAAACAGAGAGCUGAAAUGGAAGUUGAUUACAGCUUUACAGAGGCUGAAAACCUUCCAGAGAAUGUAAUGUUUUUUUCAAACACUCCCCAGUUAUUUUCUUCAGUUAAAGAAAAAUCUGUAAUUAGUCAAGAGAGGAACUUGGAUAGGUCACAGUAUGAAGAUCAAUGUAGACAGAAUGAGGCUGCAAGUGUACAGAAUAGUAAAGAAAGUACCUCACUGCAAUUUGUAGUAGAAUCAGGAGACAAUCUGAAUGAUGAAGAUGCUAUUAGUUACACAGACAAAAAUUGGUAUACAAGUGAUCAGUUCCUUAAAGCUUAUCAGCAAAAACAAGUGAAACAUUUUCCUGAAGAUUCUGCUGAAGAAGAAAGCACUGACACUUUCACUGAUGAUGGUGUAAUCAAUCUGCUUCCUAAGGAUGUUGAACAUAGGAAGUCAGUUAUGUCUGACUCUUCAGCAUCUUUAGAUUCAGAGCCAUUGUUUUUUUAAGGCACAAAAUGAACAAGAUUUUCUGGAAAUAGAAAAUGUUUGUGAAUUACAGAGAGAUGAAGUAGUAGCUGAGACAGAUUCAGAGGAGGACUGUUAUCCUGACUUUCCAGAAGUCCCACCAUUGCAGAAUGAUUUAGAUUUUGCAAUUGUUGAUGGUUUUGAUGUUGAAUGUCAAGAUAGUGGAGCACCACUCAAAGAAUGUUCAUAUGAACAAAAAGGUGAAAGCACAAAAAGUCAGCACAAACAAGAUACAAAAAUAAAUGAUCAGAAUAUCUCUGAUUCUUAUUCCACAGCUAACCAUCAGACAGAAACAACUCCAUCUAAGUGUUCUAGACAUACCAAUGAGCCUCCAGAUUUUUAUGAUGAAACUUUUAAGAAAUUCCUUAGUAGUAGCUGUGGGGAAGAUGCAAAAAGUAAAGAUGAAGCAGAAUUAUCUAAAGAAAAUACCCUUUUGGUUUCAAAGGAGAAAUCUAAUAUCUGUGGAUUUUGUUCAAAAAGAGUUUUGUCGUACAUUGCCAUAUUGCAAGAUUUUCUGGAUAAUGUGGUUGUAGAUAUUGUGAAGGGUGGAGGGAAAGAUGGCGAUAAGCAGUGCUUUUGGUGUGUGAAAGAGAGGUUGCAGCAAGCCAUGAUUCCUUUUAGAGUAAACAGUGAGGGAGAAGCUUUUAAAAUAUCUCAAGAAGCUUCACAUCUAAAGGAAUCUGGACAAGGCCCAGAAAGUUUUGCACAUUUCCCUGAAUGCAAUUGUGGUGCCACCCCAGAGCAGCUGUCCCAGCAGGAUGCCACCCCAGAGCAGCAGUCCAAACAGAGUGCCACCCCAGAGCAGCAGUCCCAGCAGAAUGUCACCCCAGAGCAGCAGUCCCAGCAGAAUGUCACCCCAGAGCAGCAGUCCCAGCAGAAUGUCACCCCAGAGCAGCAGUCCCAGCAGAGUGCCUCCCCAGAGCAGCAGUCCCAAUGGUAUUUUAAUAUAGGAAGUUUUAAUUUUAGUGAAGAAAAAAUAAGAAAAGAAAUUUCACGUCAUUCAACUUCCUGCCCCAGACGCUGUGCUAUGGAGGCAUGGAUUGGUCAACAAGGUUCAAAAUCAUCUGUAGAUCAAUACCAUAAGCAUCACAACUUGGAUUAUAAAAAGACUACUGACUUGCAUAAUGGUGAAAGAGGCCAUGAUAGUUCAUCCAGUCAGCCAGUAGCUCCUAAUUUUGAGAGCUCAUGCUCAACUCUAACAAAUCCAGAGUGUAGAUUAUCACCCUCACACAGUGGUAUUCUUUCUACUUCUCAAUCUCCGAUUAAUCAGGAAGUUGAACAUCCAUCUCCACAAGGCAGCCAUCCAUAUUCUGUACCAUCACGCUACUCGACUCCUGUACAAGUACAUUACUCACCAUUGCCAAGAGAUAAUUACAAAAAUGGAUACUUUCCAGUGCACUUACAGGAGUCCAAUAGGCAUGAUUCAUAUGGUGGUCCAAGUGAAGUUAUUCCUAAUGGAGAGAAGUCCAGGCCAGAAGAUUGGAGAGUUUAUCAUCCACCUGAUUGGGCAAAAUCAUCAUUUUCUACUGCUUCUAAUCAACCUGAGACAGCUCAAAACUCCCAUACUCCAUCAGUUCCAUAUGUUUUCAGUUAUGAAGUAACUGAUGGCUCACAACGAAAAACUCUGCCAAGACCAAAGAGCUGGGAUAAAAUGGUGGACUUUGUUAGAGACUGGCUUCCAUGUCCACCUGAGCCUGAAAAGCUUGAACAAGCAUAUGUCACAAUAGCAUCCAAUAAUCUGUGUGCUCUAGGUUGUAUAGUUCUAGGAAAUUCAUUGAGAUUGAGUGGAACUAAUCGGACUUUAGUAGUUCUAAUUACGGAUGGAGUUUCUCGUCCACUAAGACAUAUGCUAGCAACAGUGUUUCACAUUGUUCAGUCCAUUCGACUUCUGGGGACUCAAGGAACCACUAAGCUGGCUUUACUGGAUCAACCAGAACUUGGGGUUUCUUUCACAAAACUUCAUAUUUGGAGGCUGACACAGUUUUCUAAGUGUGUGUUUCUCUCUCCGGAUACUGUGGUGGUUCAGAAUUGUGAUGAGCUGUUUGAACGAGAUGAGAUUUCAGCUGUACCAGAUAUUGGGUGGCCAGACUGCUUCAAUAGUGGUGUGUUUGUUUAUGUUCCUGCUAUGGAAACUUUCUGUGGGUUGAUUGAGUUUGCUGAGCAACAAGGCAGCUUUGAUGGUGGUGACCAGGGACUGUUGAACAUGUAUUUCAGAAACUGGGCUCUUAACAUAUCUCGCAAGUUACCAUUUAUUUACAACUUAAUGGCAAAUGUCAGCUACACCUAUACUCCUGCUUUCAAACAAUUUGGAAGGAAUGUGAAAAUUGUUCAUUUCUUUGGUUCGUAUAAACCAUGGCAUGUUAAAUUCCACCCACAGACUGGUCAGAUGUCACCUUCAGCCAAUGUUCAUCCCACAUAUGCUCAGUUUGUGCAGUUUUGGUUGAGUAUCUUUAACAGGAGAGUGUUUCCUUUAUUAUCUGAGGAUAUUCGGACACAUGCCCAUGUUCGGAAGUACGUCACAUCUGAAGAACUUAUAAGCUUCUUCCCAUCACCCAUAACUCAUGAAGAUCUUGAAAGCCUUCCCACUCCUCCAUCCUUCAGAACCUACCCAGACAUGACAGAUGAAAGUGGAUCUACUUCAAGGCCUACUUCUCGAAAAUCUUCAAGAGAUGAAUCUUUAAAAAAUUUUCAAACUUCUAAAGAUCUUCCCGAGACGGAUGAAAGUGGAUCUAGUUCUAGAAAAUCUUCAAGAGAUGAAUCUUUAAAAACUUCUGAAGCUCCUUCCCAAAACAUUUCUAGUGAUGAGUCUCACAAGCCCAUGAGAAAGGAACCAUCACCUGCUGAAGUAAAUAUUGAUGUAGAAGAAAACCUUAAAGAAUCUCAAGAAAGUAUGAGAGAAUUGAACCUGUUGGAAGAAACAAAGGAAACUGAAGAGGGCUCUUUGUUACCACCAGAAGAGAAAUCUGCUUCCGAGACUGAUGAACAUGCAGUAUCAUCUGAAAAGUUGACCUCAGAAGAGGAGACAACAACAUCAAAGAAAACUGAUAUCCCAGGGGCAGAUGUGGGAGAUUUCCGAGGUAUGUUUGCCUGGGAGCAAGGUCGAAUAGACUAUCUUGGCCAAGACAGCUCUGAUAACAUUCUUAAAAGGUUGGAUUUCCUAAUGAAGAAGUCGCACAGCUAAACUUUUUAUACCUACCAGAAGAAAGACCAAUUUUGGAUACAUAACAUCUUCCCGAGUAUUUUUGCAUGGAAACAAAGGAAUAAUUUUUAUUAAAUCUGAAAAGUAACUGUUUUGAAAUUUCUAUGAUGUAUAGUUAUAAGUUGAUUAUACACAGGUUUGUUUGAAGGUUGCUCAACUGCAGAAUAAGGUUAUAGUGUUUGAAAUGUUACACAUCUUUCUUGUUUUGACCACAAACUUCACUAAAAACAUGGCAUCUGAAUUUUUUUCUUUUUAAUCAUAUAACUACUUCCAUUGUUGCCAAGUUUUUCUUCAAAAGAUACUUCUUGUUCCAAACUUUUUAUAAGGAUAUUUCACACUGACUUUCUUAGGGAAAUUUCAAUGUUAUUUUUGUUGCUUUUUUGUUUGUUUUUAUAUAUAUUGUAAACAGCUAAGAAUAAUCAGUAAAACUUUUAGAGAAAAGAGGAUAGUGAAAUUAGUCAUCAAAUUGCUACUGAUUUAAUUAGUAUUAAAUGGUUAUUUUUAGGCUAACGUUUGUUUGGUAUAAUACUUAGUGCACUUCUUUCUGGGGCUAAUGUUUUUCUCCAUUUGACUAACAAAAAUAUAUGGAAUUUACUUAUUUUUAAAUAGUUGCUUUUAAGCCCUAUUUCUUCAUGAACUUCAGCAAAACUACCAAGUGUACUUCAUUUUUAUUGGAUUUCAUUACUAGUAAUUUCCAUUCAGAACAAGUUACCUAUUUGUUUAACAUUCUCGUUGUUCUACUUAUUUUUUUAUCUUAUUUUUUUUUCAAGAUUAAUUUUAACUUUUUAUUGUUUUAGAUUUAAUUGUUUUUGAUUACUUAAUAAGAAAUCUGAAUUUACUAAAGAUUUUGAAAAAUGUUUUUUAGGUUUACUUUUUGUAUGAAGAUUACCAAAACAUCCAGUAAGGGUAACUUGGGUUUUAAAAUGCAUUUUAAAUUAAACCUGCUUGCAUUUCUGUCCCAGUAAUAAAUGUUACACUAAAUGUUGGUUGCUCAAGUUGUGUUUUGAAGCGUAGAUUAAUCGGUAAUUUUUUUUUAAGUUUUAAGGCCUGCUUCAACUUUCAAAGAAGUUUGACUUUCCAUUAAUAGGUUUAAAAUUAUUUAUGUAAUUACAUGUAAACGAGUUUCAAUUACUAUUUUAUAUGAAAAAUAGAAUUUUUUGUUUCAGCUACUUUCAACAACAAAAAAAUGUUGGUAACAAGUUAAUUUCUACUUAAAUUGUAAUACACAAUGCUGCUUAUACAGAACUUCAAACCAAGUAUAAAAUCCACUGUGUUCCUACUGUUCUUUCAGACACAGAAAUGAAUGUAGCUUUUAAGCAGUUGAUGGUUUUUACAUUUAGUAUCUCUUCUGGCAUGUCCACUUUUGAAAACUUAAUGUUAAAUGUACAUAUAUACAUUUUAAGUGUUUCUUGGUGGAUGAAUGGAGAUUUCCAUAUUUCAGUAUAAUACUUGUUUUCAAGUUAACUUUUAGCUUUAAUUUCUGAGACUUAUUGAAGAAAUCAAGGUUCCUGUAUGUAUGAAAAGCAAUUAAUAGUUUUAUGAAACAGAAACAGUUAUUAAUCUUACAUCUGGUUAUAAUCACAGUUUGAGGUGUAUGGCAAAGAUCAUAUUGGUUAGAUAACUUACACACACACACACACACACACACACACACACACACACACACACACACACACACACACACACACACACACACACAC